ACUACACACUCUCACUCAUGUCAAGCUGAACACGGAGGGCAUGAAUGCCAGUAUAGCAGUCUCUAUCCAUCCAAGCCUUCAACACAAGCACACACAUGGCUUUGGAAGAACCACACAGGACCUUGGGAAAGGUCACCACUGUGUUUGCAACUAAGCUGAAGUCUUUCACCUUUGUGCCACUUCUAAAAAGACUGCCUGUUGAGAACAAGGUUUGGAAAAAGGUACUUCAGGCAAGGAAACCAAACAAGACUUCACAAGAGCCAGGGGACACUGAGAGAAGCAUGGCGGAAGAGGGUGUCUACAAAGCAGAGGUUGUUUACGUCCAAGACCCUGAAGAGGGCCAGCUUGAAGAAACGCUCAAGAACACCACUCAAAGUGAGAUUCUGUCAGCUGACAAUUUAACCCUUAAACCACUCACCACGCUAGCUGGGCUUCACGCAGAAUCUGGUAGCAUAACCCCCGAGCCUAGCCCAGCCACCAUGGAAACCACUGAUAACAAACACCCUGGCAUUUCUCAGCUAAGCUUUCACAACACUUCACAGGCUGCUGAGGUCAGCUCAGGUCUGUUUUUAAAUAGCUCAGCUCAGAGAGAGGAGGCCCUUAGCCCUGCCAGCUCCAUGGAUUUUUUCACUUCCCCUGCUUCUUCUAAGGAGUCUAUUCUCUCCGAGGACUGGGACAAGGAGAGGAGCUGGUCAGGGCUCCACAUGUUCUCACGGGAUGGUUCUCCUGGGCCCUUUAGUGGCACGGUUUCCCCAUGUUCUUCCAUAAGAUCCGGGGCCUUCACACCUUCUGUGGUAAGAAUCAAGAGACACUCCUUGGCUCCGGGCUCUAGUCUGCUGCAGAUGUCGUCUGCUUGCGAAACACCCUGCUGUGACAGUCGGGCAACCUCACCUUGUCCUUUUACGCCCCGUGCACGGCACAGACUCCCUCCAACCCAGCUCUCCCUGUUAACGGCCAUCCUCAGGAAAGGUCGUCUACCUGUCCUGUCCUCUGCUUUUCAAAGACCUUACACACCAUGCUGGCCCAUCAGUCCAGUUAACGUGUCCUCCUGUUCAGCAUGCUCAGCUGCCUCUUCUGUUGCACCCAUGAACGUCUCUAAAGCAAAGUCUUGUACCUCCAUAGAUAGACCCCGUACUGAGUCUUGCCAGGUUUCAAAGAAGCAACUACGGAAACCAGACCAUAGUUCUCUUUCAGUGUUAUCACCUGAUGAAAUCCCACUAAUGAAACCACCAGAAAGACUUGACUCAUGUCAACAUUUCACUAGUACUAGUCACAUCGUCUCACCUACAAAACACAGCCCUUCACCAAGCUUACCUAGAGUCCAGCCUACCAAUUCUCACCUGUCGAAAUCAGGUCACAAAGGAAAUCGUUUACCGACAGUUCCUAGCUCUCUUUUGUGCAGCUCCCUAUCCCGGAUGAACUCCUCAUCUCCUAAAUCAAGCUCUCUGUCUUGCUUCAGCCCUGAGAACCAGAAAAAUCCAUCAGUGUCAGUGGAUCGCCUUGCAUCUAUAGAACCAAACAAACCUUUAGCAUCCUUAAUGCAGAACGAUGAAACAAAAUCCAAUGAUAGGUCAGAAAAAUAUUCACUGGCACUAAAACAGGGUCAGAAAUCAUCUGAGCUCGCCAAUGCACCAUAUCUGAAAGAUAGAGGUAGUUCAUCUGACAAUUUAGACUCCUCUGUAUCAAAACCUGCACUAAAUUCAUGUAAAUCUUCUUCCUUUCCUACUCUGAAACACACAAUUGAAUCACAUAGUAAUUCCAUAUCUCCUGUUUUAAGUCACAAGGAGAGUAAACAAAAUAUUGGUGGCAAAAGUGAUAUUGAAAGAGUGCACCUAUCAUCCCCGGCUUUUAGACUGUCUCCCUCUCCCAGACCCGUGGGUCUCACCCGCCUGUCCUACACACCUCCAACCUCUCCUGCUUGUCCCCCAGUCCACCCAAACUCCCGCUCCUCCACCCCAGACCGCUGCACCCUCUCGCCCUCCCCAGCGGUCCCAAGCCGUCAGCUCUCCCCCUCACCCUCAUACUCCUUCUGUUCAUCACCCUCUCCGUCCCUAUGGGGCAGCACACCAGACUGCGCAGAUGGGGACUGUAAAAAUAGAAAGACAUACAAGAUCAAAUCCACCUACAAGGCACUCGCUGCUAUUCCCACAAAUACUCUGCUCCUGGAACAGCAGGCUUUAGAUGAAGAGGUCAACAAGAAAGAGGCUUCAUUUAACCCCGCAGACAACUAUUCUUGGGAGGACCCACAUGCAGAGAUGUGCUCUCCUGCGCAGCUGCGUCAGCAGACCGCAGAACUGUACGCAACCAUUGAUGAAGUCCUUGAGGACUCGAUCCAAAGACAUCAAUCAGACCAUGUGAACAAAGCCAAUGUGAAGUCUUUGGCAGCGGAGGCAUCAAGGUCACAGACGUCAUCACCAUCUCCAAAACUAUUGGGACGGGAAACAAGAUAUGCAAGCUCUCCUUUUCAACCCUCUGUAACUACGGAAAAAACACUGACAAAGCCUGGAGUAAUUAGACCAGUUAUUGCAACAUCCAGGUUUACAGAUGAUGAAGAAUUCCACCCAAAUCCUUUCAAGAGCCAUCAAGGAAACAAAUCCAAUCGUUACCAAUACAAGUUUGUCAGCAGUGCGCUCUGCGAUGAAACCCAAGCAGAUGGUAGAGGAGCUUCAGACGGGCAGCCAGCGUGUGGAGAGGCGCUUCCUUCAGAGCCACAAGGAGACUACAAGACAAGGCUGGCAUCUCUGAUCACACAGACCAGGAUCUCCAUGCAAGAUGUUCCCACCUCCAUGAAACCCCAGGAGACACACAUGUGAUGCUUACAAGAGAGCCUGAACUGAUCGUAACUGUGACUGCACAUUAAAAAGCCUAUUAAAGGCAGCACACGUCAAGCAUCUUAAAAGCUAUUCCUUCCUCAAUUGAAGAUGCACAAAGUAAUUUUAAUCGAAAUGAAUGAAUAGUAAAAUUAUGUUUGCUUACAAACUCAAGGUCAGGUUUCACCCCAAAAUCAAAAGUAAGAAGUAAUAAUAGUUCUAUACAACAGACUCAUUCAUUUUUUUCUUUCUUUCUUAUUUUGCUGUGAAAUCUGACCAGUUGAUAACUGUUUUAAUACCAUUCACCCAAUAAGAGCAUAAGAACUGACAUGUAAUCAUUAGUGCACUUUUAUGUACAAUCAUCCAGUCAAAUAGUGAUUGCUCUGAAAUUGGCCCUACUGUCCACCAGUGGCGGUAUUUCACAAAACCAUAGGAUAUGUCAGUGGCGUAAAUCGGGGGUGGGGGGGUAUGCACAUUACUAAGUUGAAAAAAGUUGGUAAUGCAUGUGGCUUUAUCAGACACUUGCACUUAACAUUUUAUGAAAAUCAAGCUCAAAUGGAGUUAACAAGGUUUUUGAUCAGCGAAUGACGGAGAUCUGUGUUUUGUCUGUCAUUACAACGGCUGCAUCUGAGGCAGCAAGUGCAUCGCAUUAUACGCUUUCAUCAACUUACAGGUUAUAACAUUUAUUGUAGCUAUAUGGGUGCUUAGUUUUUCAUGUCGUUUAAUACACUUCAUGAUAGACGAUGAAGCGCUAUAUACACAGGAUAUUUAAAACGUAGCCUACAAAAGUAGCUUAUUGGUAACAACUAGACAGCAAAAGCUAUUCUCCACUCUUCAAACACACACAAAAGAUCAACCUUUAUAAACAGUGUUUUAGUGAAGAAAACUUAUUUAUUCAGACAUCAUUUAUUAUUUACCCUUGCAUUACGAACAAGCCGAGAUCUAUCUCCAGGCUUUGUUCUGAAUGGAAGCAGGGUUAAGUUAAAAGGUUUUGCUGACAGUUUAAGGAUCCAUAGCGUUAAACAGUUUAGUGACAAGCUCUUUUGAAUGCUUUUCAUUGGUUAAAUAUUUGUAAAACCUUCAAACAGACAUAAGGAAG